UGAUUUCCAUCCACUGUCGUCGGUGUCCAUUCUUUAUCCGAUAAUAAACCCAGCCGUUUGACUAUUUUAUUCAUUUUAAUCGGCUCUUUACUUCCAUACCAUUAAAGUAACUUAGCUAACGUUAAUUUGGGUAACACUUACAUUGUUGUUUACAUACUUACAUAACUGAUGCUAUCUAACUAAGCUAACUGCUAGCCGUGUUUUGAUUGAACAAACACGGUCAUCAUCUUUUCUUUGGAGGCACCGAAGACGAAAACUCUUACCCAGUUUCCCCAACAAGUGAAGAUCUGCAUUUCGCUUUUCUCAGACAAAAACAACUUGGUGCCUGAGAAAAGAUGGAAGCUCCUCCUGUUACAGCGAUGCCUGUCACCGGGGGCACAAUCAAUAUGAUGGAGUAUCUGCUGCAAGGCAGUGUGUUAGACCAGGCACUGGAAAGCCUCUUGCAUCGCCUUCGAGGUCUGUGUGACAACAUGGAACCUGAGACCUUUACAGAUCAUGAACUGGUUUAUCUACUGAAAGGCCAACAAGGGAACCCUUUCAUUCUACGUGCCCGGCGCUCCCUCUCCCACCCUACAUCACCAUGGCACCUACGCUACCUAGGCCAACCAGAAGUGGGGGACAAGAGCCGCCAUGCUCUGGUGCGCAAUUGUGUUGACGUUGCUGCCUCUCACAGUCUGCCAGAGUUUCUCAAUGAGAUGGGCUUCCGCAUGGACCACGAGUUUGUGGCCAAUGGGCACAUAUUCCGCAAAGGUGCCAUGAAAAUUGUGGUUAGCAAGCUGUCACGCAUCCUCGUACCAGGGAACACAGAGAACACGGAACGUCUAUCACUUUCAUACCUGGUGGAGCUGAGUGUGUUGGCUCCCGCCGGACAGGACAAUAUGUCAGAGGACAUGCGCAGCUUUGCUGAGCAACUUAAACCACUGGUUCACCUGGAGAAGAUUGACCCCAGCAAACAGAGACACUGACGGGCAUCAUUUAGAGGGUCGAGUCAUCUCUGACUACCGCAAAUCAGAACUAUUCUUUUUCUAAUGAUGUUUACAUUUGAACUAAAAUUAAAGACAUUUCAACUAUGUUACUUUAAG